ACCGAGGCUGCAAAAAGCUGUAAUUCUGCGCAGCGUCUCACACAUUUUGAUCAACUCAAUCUAGGAGCAUGGUUUCGGGAAGGAGGCGGGCUCUUAGGUCAAACGCGAUAUUUCCAUCCGUCAAAUGCCGCGGUUUCGGAUAUUACACUGUAAUGCUUAAAAACGUGGAAUUUUACAGUGACGUUAGUCAUGCUGUCGUUUAUUUUCUGAGCGGUUUUGUACAUAGAGAGCUUUACAAACUUCAAUACUGGACUGACCCACUGUGUGAUGGUGUAACGUCGUCCUUUAGUCUCGAAAUUCAUCAAUUCAUUGUAGGCUAGGUUGCACUCUCAAUGUGGAGGUUGCUUUCCAUAUUGUCUUCAACAAACACAGACAGAGAUGCUGUGAUCAAAGUGACAAGGAGGAACUACUAGAGACGAGGAGAGUGAGGGAGGAGGUCACCAUGAAAGGCUUGAGUGGCUCCAGAUGCUGCUUCUACAUAGGUUUCUUAGUGGGAACCCUGAGCCUGUACUUCCUGCGCCAGGUGUGGUUCGAGAUGAGCAUGGAGUCCGAUGUGCUGGGAGAGGGCCAGGACAGCUCAGUAGCAGCAUUGUCGAGGAAGAGACAGUCUAGUGACAGUAAUAACUGGAGAAUGGAAGGAGCAACCCUCAUCAACCUCAACCAUCCACACCACAUAGGUGAGGACAGUAGCGUGGCAGAUGAGCUGUACCGGAAGGUGCGCAUCCUGUGCUGGGUGAUGACUGGUCCCAGUAACCUGCAGACCAAGGCCCGCCACGUAAAGGCCACUUGGAGCCGCCACUGCAACGUUGUAGUCUUCGUAAGCUCUAUCGACGACCCAGACUUCCCCACAGUGGGGCUCGGCACGGGGGAGGGCCGCGACCAGCUUUACUGGAAGACCAUCCGGGCCUUCCACUAUGCCCUGGAGCAUCAUGGGAAUGAUGCCGACUGGUUCCUCAAGGCGGACGACGACACCUUCGUAGUGGUGGACAACCUGCGCUGGGUCCUGUCCAAUCACACGCCCGAGGAGCCCCUCUACUUUGGCAAGCGCUUCAAGCCCUACACAAAGCAGGGGUACAUGAGUGGCGGAGCAGGAUAUGUGUUGAGUAAAGAAGCUCUCAGGAGGUUUGUGGAGGGGUUCAAGACCAAGGUGUGUACCCAUACCACCUCUGUGGAGGACUUGGCUCUGGGACAGUGUCUGGAGAAGAUGGGUGUUCUGGCUAUGGACUCGAGGGAUACCCUUCAACGGGAGACGUUUCAUCCGUUUGUUCCCGAGCAUCAUCUGACAGGGAAGUUCUCCAAGAGCUUCUGGUACUGGAGCUACUGCUACUACCCCAUCGUAGAGGGUCCCCGGUGCUGCUCAGACCUGGCAGUAUCCUUUCACUAUGUGGAUGCAAAGCUGAUGUACACACUGGAAUACUGGACUUACCACCUCCGUGCCUACGGCUACAGGUACCGCUACAGACCUCCACUACCCCAGGGCCUGGUGGAGCGGCAGGCCCAGACAGAGAGGCCUACAGUGGGUACAGCUGGGAGAGGGAGAACCCCAGCUGUUAUUACUGUUGGUGGUGAUGGAGACCAGUCCAAAGCAGAGUCCGGGGCAAAGCCUUUGUCAGACAAAGGUGGGAAGGAGACAUUGGGUAAAAUACCCAUUGACAACAACAGGACUGCAGUCACACAGGAGAGACAAGGGUGAUUCUCUCUGUAUGGGUUUACAUGUGUUUUUGGAACGGGAAUGUGUAGUGUAUGGGCCAGGAUGGGGCAAUUCCACUUAAAUUCAGUCAAUUUAAGUUUACUUCCUGAAUUGACACAUGAAUAAUGAAAAAAUGAUUACCCACAUAGUGCUCUUAUGGCCAGUUCCACCACAGUGCAGGUUUAAUUGAUUAUGGGGAUUUUAUAAAUAUAUAUAUAUAUUUAUCUUUUAAGUGAGUACAUAUACUGUAAAUCAUUUAACUUGAAAGUCUUAACUGUUUUUAUUUGAUAUCUGUUGCGAUUUAAUGAUAUUCUGUUUGAAUUUAAAUAGUAUGCAGUUACUUACCAUUCAUCUAUAUCCAGUACUUGACAGCUUAUUAGGUGUUACGCACGCCUCUUUCGUUACGCUUGAUAACUUGGUACAGACGACUGUGCUGCCCUUUGGAAUGCGUAAUGCAUCUGUUAGGUUUAAAACGUGCAUUGUAUUUGAGGUUUUGAAGUUUUUAAUUUCCACUUUGAAAGUUCAGACUUGAUUUUCCCUUAUGAAAAAAUGUAUCAACCCCUACAAAAAAGUCCAUUAAUUAUAAUCCACAUAAUAAUUCUCAUUUCUUGUUACUACAAACUUAUUUUCUUGCUGUAGCAAACUGGCUUAUUUAAAUCCUACAUCUGUAGAUGCUUUGAAUGUCAUGAAGAUUGUAAAAUGGUUGGAAUGACUUGGCUUCUUUCUUAACGGUAGUUUAAGCCAUUUACCUUGUUCUCUGGUUUCGUUGUCUUUUUGGGAGGUCGAAGAGAAGAUUUCAUAUCUACACUAAACAUUGACCUGUAUGUUUUUCAGCUGGAAUGAAACAAGCAAUUUAGGGUGGGAUUCAAUCCGAUGGCCGGUUAUUGGCAUUGCGGCUUUUAAAGGCCAUUUUGUUUACCGUGAAUGGGAUCUCUGCGAAAGCGGCAACAUUGCCUUUGAAAGCCGCAAUGCCUAUAACCCGUGAUUGUAUUGAAUCCCAGCCCUAGUAUACAUCAUAACCUUUUGUACUGUAUAUACUCUACCAGUAGAAUCGGUGGCAGCUGUGGGAUCCUGUAUUUCCAUAGUCUCUCUUUCCAUUUGAUAAGAUAUUACAGUUGUGAUAUGACAAGAAGUACAAAGAUUAAAGGUUAAAUUAAUAUUUUAAUUUACAACAACAAAA